CAGCUGUAGGUUCGGCCAAAAAAAGGGGGGGAUUUGGGUUUUAGUCAAAAUCCUGUUUGGCGUGAUUUCAAUGGCAGAGAUCGGAAUACCGCUGCUGGAGAAAGUAUACUAUGAGAAUUGCCCUGGUUGUAGGCAAGAUCAGAUCAAUGAAAAACGGCGCGGAAUCCCUUUCAAGGAAUUCUUCUAUAUUUGGAUCGUGAUUCUUUGCACCGCAUUGCCAAUAUCUUCCCUAUUUCCAUUCCUAUAUUUCAUGAUAAGAGACUUUCAUAUUGCCAAAAGUGAACAGGAUAUCGGCUUUUAUGCAGGUUACGUAGGAUCCGCUUUCAUGAUCGGAAGAGCUUUAACUUCUAUCUUGGGGGGAAUAAUAGCAGAUCGUUGUGGACGAAAACCUGUUAUAAUUAUUGGCACUGUUUCAGUGGUUGUGUUUAACACUCUCUUUGGCCUAAGUACAAGCUUUUGGAUGGCAAUUUCAAUGAGGUUUCUUCUUGGAUGUUUCAAUGGUCUACUUGGUCCAAUAAAGUGUAUCCAGGCAUAUGCUUCGGAAGUUUGUCGAAAAGAAUAUCAAGCUUUGGCAUUAUCAAUUGUUAGUACAGCGGGGGGAAUUGGAUUGAUUAUUGGCCCAGCUCUUGGAGGUUUCUUAGCACAGCCGGCAGAGAAAUAUCCAAAUAUAUUUUCCAAGAAGUCUUUGUUUGGGAGGUUUCCUUACUUCUUACCAUGCCUUUGCAUAUCGCUUUUCGCAUUAGUUGUUUCCAUUGCUUGCUAUUGGAUUCCAGAAACAUUGCACAAACACAAUAAUAAAGUCCAAGAAAGAAGCAACUCAUUUGAUGCCCUGGAAGCUUCCUUAAAUAAUUAUGAUUUGAAAGAAACCAUUGAAGAAACUAAAGGAAGAGGGUUAGUUUCAAAUGGAAGCCUUUUGAAGAAUUGGCCCUUAAUAUCAUCUAUCAUUGUAUAUUGUGUUUUCUCUCUUCAUGAUAUGGCUUACUCAGAGAUAUUUUCACUAUGGGCAAUAAGCGAUAGAAAGUAUGGAGGUUUGAGCUUUUCAUCAGAGAAUGUUGGUGAGGUGCUUGCAAUCUCAGGCUUCUGUCUAUUGAUAUUUCAACUUUUUCUAUAUUCGGUGGUUGAGAAGAUUCUUGGACCCAUCAUGCUAUCCCGUAUUGCAGCAAUUUUGUCAAUACCAUUGUUGUCGAUUUACCCCUUCAUAGCUAUGCUAUCAGGGUUCAGCCUUACAUUGUUAAUUAAUUGCGCAUCUGUAUUGAAGAAUGUUCUCUCUGUGACCGUUAUCACUGGAAUGUUCCUUUUGCAAAACAACGCUGUGCCCCAGCACCAAAGAGGAGCUGCAAAUGGCAUUUCUAUUACUGCAAUGUCUAUUUUCAAGACAAUGGGUCCUGCAGGAGGAGGUGCCUUGUUUGCAUGGGCACAAAAGCGUCAAAAUGCUUCCUUCCUACCAGGUGAUCAAAUAGUCUUCUUUCUGUUAAUCGUGGUCGAGUUCAUUGGAGUGAUCCUGACCUUCAAACCCUUUCUAACUACACCCAACACCUAGUCUGCAGGACAAAUUCAAAGUGAGAUUAAAGGCCACGAUUAGAUUCUAUAACUCGGGCCCAUUUUUUCUC